AUGUCGAACCUGAGCACCAGCGAGAACCGGCGCAGUGUGAUGAUUUCGCGCACAGAGGACGACACUGUGCCGCCGGGGCUUGCCGAGGCGGAGAUGCGCGAGCUGGCGCGGCAGGAGACGGACCCGCCCGUGCGCCAUCUGCGUAUCGACUGGCCGUCGUCCACGAUCAAGGGCCGCUUUGCGAUCGGGCCGAGCGUGCCGGACAUGCGGCCGCCGCUGUAUGACAUGCCGUCGCCCGAGGACGUCCAGCAGAAUUCGUCCUCGGCCGUCUUUCGGAGCAAAACGAGCCCGAUCAACGUCACCGUCCAGGUGCUGCAUGGGCAGGGCUCGCAAACGCCACACGAUGCGCCGGCCACGAGCGGGCUGAAUCCCGUGCAGGUGCUCCAGACGAUGCAGCAGCAGGCCGUGUUCGUGUCGGGCAAGUCGACGCACAACUCGGUGUGCCUGCACAUCCCGCAGUACGUCGGGCGCAAGCCGUUGCAUAUCCGAGCCGCUUCGACCUCGGGCCACGUCACCGUCGUACUGCCGCAUUCGUUCAACGGGCUCAUCCGGUGGAACACAGAGUCGGGCCUCGUUAGCAUGUCGCCCCUCGUCCAUGCGCGGACGCAGCGCCUCGACUCGGAGCCGUCCAAGAAGCGCGGCACGGCCAAGAUGUGGCGAUAA